AUUAAAUUGAUUUUUCAUGACGCUUUGGUACUUAUACCUUUAUUUCUCAUUGUCUAGAUAAAUUUAAAGACCAAACUGAAAGCAAAUGCAUGCUGAGUUGUCUGCAGGACCAACGGGGACCCCGUAGAAAUGAUGAGUCAGUAUGGAUUCCUGUGUGAGUGCACGUGCUGAUUCACAGCAGGCUGCAAAUACUUUACAAAACAGGCUUUGCACAAAAUGUCAAUGCGUUGCACAGAAGUUGCAAUGUGCGGUCUUACCGUGUGGUGGCGCUCUUACUGUUUCCUCCUGAACAGAGGCGGUCUGGGUAUAUAACCGCGAGGUCGGUGCAUUCAUUUGGAUCUGAAACUGGCAGCGCAGCGCAUGAAAUCCCCAGUGAUGCGAUGCCAAAGCGUCUUUUCCGACUCCGGGAGAGCUCUGUUUGAUCCAGAGGAACUUCUUCAACUCCUCACCAUCACUUGAUGAUAAUCCAACCUCUCUCAUCUCUGCUUUUUGGGCCCCGCGCGCUCAAAGUUUGAUUUAUUUUUCUCUCUUUUGCAAAAGUAGAGAUGAACACCACCGGGUUGAACCAGACAGAGAGUGGACUGUUUAACAAGACGGAAGAGUUUUUCUGCUGCAACUUCUCCUCCGUGGUGACUGACAACGGCUUUGUUGCCGCGGCACCGGAUGAGAGGAGCCUCUUCAUCAUGAGGGUGGUCCAGAUCGCCGUCAUGUGCGUCCUGUCCCUCACGGUGGUGUUUGGCAUCUUCUUCUUGGGCUGCAACCUGCUCAUAAAGUCAGAGGGGAUGAUCAACUUUUUGGUUAUGGACAGGAGACCCUCAAAAGAAACGGAGACAGUGAUUGUUGGAGCCUACUGAGGGAUGGGGACGCUUAUUUUCGGUACAGAUGAAGAGCGCACGGUGAUCAACAACCAAGGAAGCCCUGCUUUCACGUUUAGACAUUUUAUAAAAAUAAAAAGCACUUAAAGGUGGAUGGACCCUGACUGGGGCUAGAAGUGUUCACUUAUGCUUUCGUGGCCUUUUUAAACAAAGACAUCCUUUGGUCUGCAGGAGGUAAAGCGCGUUUAUUCAGACGCGUCAUUUAAAAUAGUUGCAUCGUUUGUUAAGCAGCAGCUGGUGGGGAAUGUGGUUGACUGGCUGCUUUCUGCGCCCUUCUGCACCUCUAAUAAAGGUGGAAUAUGUAUUUUUGCCAUUCAAUAAUGAUUUAUUGUAAAAAUGACCAAAUCCAUUCUUCCUUCUUUAAAUAAAUAAUUUCAUUCUGUAAUUAAAACAAUGUGGGUCCCUUUUUCGCAAAGUGUUUGAAAUAUGAGGAACAAGGAUGAUGAUAAUGACAAAAAAGGCAUUUUUGUGAAAGUGUGAGGCUAUUCUAACAGUGGUGCCACCAAAGAAUUUCAUGGGGGGCCAGUGAAUAUCUUGGGGUGGCACACCACAUUUGUCCCUGUGGUAACUCUGGGUAAAGUUUAGUCUGCUGCUGUGCGCUGAAGGCCUAUGCAUCCAACACAUUUACCAAAUCUCCCUAAAUCAUUGACCUCAAAUUUGAGAAAUUUAAACGCUUCAGAAAAAAGACAAAAUUCCACAAAUUUAUUUCAGAAAAAAUAAAAAAGAAAGUUGUGUACUUGCUUUAACAUUUAUGUUAAUAAACUGAAUGUAUGAGUAUUGAGGAACAUGAAUUACAUUUAUUAUGGGGCUAGCGGGCUUGUCUUCCCUGGAGGGGGCAGUGAGGUGGCCAUUGUCCCCCUGAGCACUUCUUGGGGUUGCCACUGAUUACUAAACUUGUAAGAAUGUUCUUGCUUUUUAAUAACAAUAUGUCAUAUCAGACUGCGCGGGUUUGUUUAAAUCAAAAUGGUAAAAAAAAAAAAGUCCAAAAAAAAAAUGAAACAUCUUUGUCAUUAUUUUCAUCUCCUUGUGUCACAUUGUGAUGCAGCAUCUCACAUCCUUCCUCCUUCUGUCAAAACAUCUGUCUGCCUCUGGCUCACCUGUUUGCCAGCUCCCCUGGAGCUUCAGAAAUCACCUGCCCUGUCAAUGCAGAGAGGAAGAGGAAGACGAAGAAGCCAUGGGCAAUAUGCUGCUGCCUCGCUGGCCACCUGUGCUUUGCUCAAAGUUAAACAAAAUCAGUCUCCUAGCUGUCCUUCGCCCGGCUCUCCUCCUGAGCCGUCUGCUGGACAAAAGGUCAUUCUCUCCCAUUACAGAUGUCCACAAGCAUGACAGGAAAAGUAUGGACAAGACUUCUGAACCACAACAGAUGUCAUUGGAGGAACAUGUUUAAAAAGACAGAUGGUGAAAUUGUGAAUUGUUAGUUAGUUGCUUAGACUGCCACAUUUUUAGGGCAGAAACGAUCUGUUAUAACUAUAAUUACAUAUGAAAAAGAAAAAUGCAAUCAAGGGCGGCAUGCCUGAUUUUUAGUUGACUGGAACCAAAAACAUUAGAAAAGUUGCACUCAGCUACAAUAUUCUGCAAGAUGUAAUGGAGUACAGUUCACAAAACCACAGCAUUAUACAAAAUAAAAUGGUCAAAAAGAAAAAGAAAAAGUCUUAAGGUCCAAAAAUUUCUCCUCAAACAUUUAUGACAGAAAGAUUUUGGACACAUUAAAUCAUCUUCAGCUUCUUUUGUGAAAUAAAGUUCAAAAAAGUGAAUUUUACACUGAAUACAUUUGCUGAAGCUUGCACU